AUGUUCACCACCCAGGUGUACGGCACUGUUUUCGGCGCAUUCAUCGACUGUGUCGUCAUGAUCAACAUUGUCAACUCGCACAGGGAGCUCCUUCAGGACACCAAUGGCUCUUCUGUCUGGUCAGGACAAUACUUCCAAAGUCAAUCGACUCAAGCAUCCGUCUGGGCUUUGGCCAAGUACUUGUAUGGUAGAAGCGGAGAAUACUUCAUUGUGCUCUUGGGCCUCCCUAUCAGGUUUGCUGCAGUGAUACUUCAUCGUGUGUUUGCACGAUACGUGCCUCACAUCGGCAAGUUCUCUCUCAGCGACCUCAACCUUCCCCAAUUCUUCAUCUACUCAGGCUACCUGGGAUUCAACCAGACACAAAGCUGUGUCGUCCUAUCUCAUCUCGCAGCCGGAUUCUUCACCCGAUUCUACCUACGAAAUUACAAGCCCAGAAUCUUCAGAGACUACUCGUAUCUUGUCACUGCGGCCUGGGACGGGGCGAGUCUAUUCGUCUUGUUUAUCUUGUCUUUCGCAGUGUUUGGUGCCUCGAACUCUACUGUAGCCUUCCCAUCUUGGUGGGGAAAUCCUGCAGAUGGCUACCCUGGUGUCCGACAGUUGAUCGACUGCAAAUGUUGA